GACUGCCUCUACGCCCUGAGCACGGUCUUGGAGACCAUGGACUUCGCUGCUAGGCUGCGGCUGCCCAAGGAGACGCCCGGCGAGGAACGCGAGCGGCGGGUGGACGAGGUGCUGCGCCAGCUUGGCCUGGCACACGUCAGGGAUACCAACGUAGGCGGCACCUCCUUCAACGGCGCGCUGCGGGGCCUCUCGGGCGGCGAGCGCAAGCGGCUGUCGAUCGGCAUCGAGCUGCUGCACAGCCCGAGCAUCCUGUUCCUCGACGAGCCGACGACGGGCCUCGACAGCUACCAGGCCCUGAACGUCAUGAAGAAGCUGCAGGGCCUCGCCGAGGAGGGCCGCACGGUGAUCGUCAGCAUCCACCAGCCCCGCUCCCAGAUCUUCGCGCUCUUCACCAGCCUGUGCGUGCUCUCCCGCGGGGCGCCCGUCUACUCCGGCUCCGCGGAGAAGGCCACGGACUACUUCGCCGGAUUGGGCCACCCGCUGCCCUCAAGGUUCAACCCGGCCGACUUCAUGAUCGACCUCGUCUCGGUGGACCAGAUCAGCCCCGAGGCGCAGGAGGAGACAGGGGAAGGCCAGGGUCGAGAGCCUGCACAAGUCUUGGUUGGAGCACCGCGUCAGCGCCGCGGCGGCCGCAAAGGCGCCCCCGCCUGGCGACGAGCCGUGCGCGGCAUCCAUCCUCGACGCCCUGCCCAAGUCGACGCCCGCCGGCCACGGGUCCUUUGUGACGCCAUUCGUGCUGUUGCUGCGCAGGGGGUGGCGGGAGCAGAUGCGGGACAAGUUCGCCGUGCUGUUCAAGACGAUGUUUCAGAUGGUCUUCACCGCCGUAUUCGGCCUCGUUUAUUUCCAGCUGGGGUACAAGCAGGUCAACAUUCAGGACAGGGCGAUGCUCCUCACGUUCCUCUCGAUGAACACCGCCUUCGGCGCGUCGAUCGGCACUGCGCAGAUCAUUCCGCGACAGCUCAGUAUCGUGACUCGGGAGCGCGCCAACCGACUCUACGCCAUCACUCCGUUCUAUCAGCGGAUCUCACGGCGCUGGCGGUGUCGAUUCCCCCGGAGGUCGGUCCCCAGAUCUUGUCCAACGUCAUAUUGUUCUUCAUGGCAAACUUGUCGGGGUCGUUCUGGAUCUUUAGUCUCGCACUCGUCCUGGAGACCAUGGUGUUCGUGUCCGUGGGCAUGUUCCUGUCUGCUCUGCUCCCGAGUGUGACAAUGGCCCCACAGAUCGCUCCAGCGAUCGUCAUCAUCUUCCUGAUCUUCAACGGUAACUUCAUCAACGUGGACUCAGUGCCUGUAUAUUUCGUGUGGCUCAGGGAGAUCUCCCCGAUCAAGUAUGCGUUCCAAGCUUUGGCGGUCAACGAGUUCGAGGAUGCCACGUUUGAGUGUGAUUCCAGCGACAUAGUUUGCAUCGAGACCGGAGAGCAAGUUCUGUCGCAGCUGAAGUUCACAGAAGCAGACCUCAUUAUGAAGAGUUGCGCGAUCCUCGGCGUUCUAAUGGUGGCCUUUAACAUCAUAGCCCUCGGGAUGCUCUUAUACCGCAAGCCGAAGUUCUUACAGCCUGUGCCCGCAAAAGUCUCGGGCGCUGCUUGA